AUGGACAAUUCCCCCGCCAAUUCAAUGGACGAUGCCCCCGCCAAUUCGCUCGAUGAUUCCGCUGCCAAUUCAAUGGAUGCUCGCGUUCCAGAUCGGGACCGCCCCGACGAUGACGAUUCACCCGCCACUUCGGAAUCUUCCUCUGACGUUGCUGAUGGCGGUGCUGGACGAGGCAAUUCAAUAUGCUGCAUCCCAGAAUCUUCUUUGGUGGUGUGUGCAUUACGCUUUGAUAGUUACCUGCAUUUGUGUUAG